AGCCAUGUAAACCUGGAAGCUCCACUUAACUAAAAAUUUCAUCAUUCAUUCUUCAGACUCCCUAUCCCUUCCGCUACAGCACGUGCAUCUCCCAAUUCAACUACCAUUCUUCUCUGUAGAAUUUCAGUUGGCGGGAUUGGCGAGACGCUUCUCUUCAUCUUCGUCCCCACCUCCAACUAACUAAAACCCCCCAAUAGUCUCCUAUACCUUCAAUCUCUUCUUCUCUAACGGUGAAAAUGGCCACCACCCUUUUGUCCUUUACUCGUCUCGGCUUUCUGUUCUUUGUCUUUUUGAUCUUCGCUUACACUUGAGUGAUCCUUUGAGCAAAUGGGGUUUCUUCUCAUGUUCUGUGUUUUCGAUUAAUCUGUUAGUGAAAACCCAGUUUGAAAUAAUCCCAUUGGAAGUGAAGAAUCGAGAAUCCAUGGAUGGGAUUGAAGCAAUUUGGUAUGCAAUCUCUUUGAUGACAAACAAUGUAGAAAAGCAUUGCUUAAGAAUCCAGCCAUGAUUCUUUCCUGGGAUCUUUCAAGCUCGUAAUUCCGAAUGCUAUUGGAUACAACAUUCCCAGAAACAAUUAUUUGGUCAUCAAAGGUUUCUUGAAUAUUUAUAGGUGUACCAUUUCUGCGUUCUUGCACAUAAUGGACAAUAAAGCAACAGAGAGAGUUGUUAUUGCCAGACCAGUAGCUUCAAGGCCAACAUGUUCCAGUUUCAAGUCGUUCUCUGAUAUUCUUACGUGUGCAUUCGAUACUUCUCCACCGAAUAUGUCAUCCGAAACCAGGGUUGCUGCCAUUAGACCAAAGACAGUGAGGUUUAAGGGAAAAAUAUCAGAAACGAUCCCUGGAACGAACUCUCAUAGUUCAUCUGAUACUCUCGCUGUAUCAGAGAUCAAAACCACUGUUUUAUUCAAACCUUUGGCGAAGCAUGUAUCAAAAAGGACUGUCUCUCAGCUGUCACUCAUGGGGAACACCAAUUUGCAAAACUGUUUACCACCUCCACCAGUUGAGGUCUGUAUUCAAUGUCCGAAUCAAGAUGAUGGCAAUUUCCAAUCUGCACUGACCUCAAAUCUCUGUAUUCAAUGUCCAAAUCAAGAUAAUGACAACUUUCAAUCUGCGCCGACAUCAGAUCUUCCUCAAAACAUCACAUCCACUGUUGAAAACAGUCAAUCUAUUGGAAGCUCAAGGGUGACUUUAAGUUAUAGCAAAAAAGAUCCAACAUUGCUUCGUCCUCAAAUUAGUGGUGCUCAGCCUUCUUAUGACGGAUAUAAUUGGCGGAAAUAUGGGCAAAAGCAAGUAAAAGGAAGUGAGUAUCCACGGAGUUAUUACAAGUGCACACAUCCAAGUUGUCCUGUCAAAAAGAAGGUUGAGAGAUCAUUGGAUGGGAAGGUUGCUGAAAUUGUUUACAAAGGUGAGCACAACCACCCAAAGCCUCAACCUCUAAAGCAAAACUCAUCCGGGACACAAAGGGAAGGGUCAAUAUCAAAUGGAACUACACAAGAUACAAAUCCGGAGCUAUGGUUCAAUUACCUCAAUGGGCGGAUAGAAGGUUGUGAAAGUAGGAUUGAGAAUCACAUCGAAAAAACUUGUCAAGACAGAGUUACAAUACCCUUUGACCCGUUUUCAAAUCAAGAAGUCAAUGCUAGAUGUGGAAUCUCCGAUAAUAAUUCAUGCGGUCUAAGUGUAGAAUGUGAAGAAGGAAGCAAAGGACUCCAGUCCAUGGAUGAUAAAUUGCGAAGUAAAAGAAGGGGUGGAAAAAAUCCAACAAAUGAAGGUGAGACAUUAAUUGAAGGUGUUAAUGAGCACCAUGCAAUGGCUCAAGAUUCCACUGGUAUCGAGAUUUCUGGAAAAGGCGUUCGCUGGAGAAAAUAUGGGCAGAAAGUUGUGAAGGGUAAUCUAUACCCACGAAGUUACUAUAGAUGUACUGGCCUCAAAUGCAAAGCACGCAAAUAUGUCGAACGAGCAUCUGAGGAUCCGGAUUCCUUCAUCACAACUUAUGAAGGAAAACAUAAUCAUGGUAUUUCACUUGGAACUUCAAUUUCUGUAGCUCCUGAAAUGGAAUAAACCAAAAAAUAGAAGCAAAUGAAUGUAGAGCAGCUCCCUUGUGGAGAGCAGACCAAAGCCAGCGUGUGGAAUGGAGACAUUCAAGAGCCUUGGUUCAACGUAGCAUCGGCAUGUCGUUUCGUCUUCAACAGGCAGUUCCUUUGGACUGCUCUUCAUUGUGCUGCUUUUAGUUUUUAUGCUUCCAAGUCUUUCAACUUCCACUUUUUCAUAUUUUGUUCCUAAUCAAUAAUACAUUCUGUCCAUUGUGAUACUCAUACAAAAGUUUUGAGUAAAGUUUCAAGCAUUUUCAUUGAGUUUGUUACAUCUUAUAGACAUCAAGCCAACAUAAUAGCUUUGUUUUU